GGUUGGCUGACACGUAGUUGACGUUUUGCUUCCAUCUCUGCCUUUUCUUAUAGGAAAAUGAUUCUUUAAACUGUCGAAAGUAGUCUUUUCCUUUUGGUAAAACUACAAGUUGUCCCAUCAUCAAAUAUUACCACUGUCUUAAUACACGAGCAAAUAAUAUUUAUUUCGCACAUGAUGAAAAGGGUUCACAAUUUAUCAACGAUCCGGUGAAAACAAACAGACUUGGCGACUUGGUUUUGUGCAUUGUUGGAACUCCCGAAAUCGAGAUAAGUGUUUUCUUGUUUUCCGAAAUUUUAAAGUAUUGAGCUUCUCUCGUGAGAGAAUUGGAAAGGUGAUUUGAAACAUGGCCAGUCCUAGAACAAGACGAGUGUUAAGCGACUUGAAACCUAAUAAUGAUAACACUAAAUGUUUCGAAUGUGGAACCCACAACCCACAAUGGGUGUCGGUAACAUAUGGAAUUUGGAUAUGUCUGGAGUGUUCCGGCAAACAUCGAGGAUUAGGAGUUCACCUGUCGUUCGUUCGCUCAGUUUCGAUGGACAAAUGGAAAGAUAUCGAGCUGGAAAAGAUGAAAAUUGGCGGGAACCGAAAUGCCCGACAGUUCUUCGAUAGUCAAGACGAUUGGGACGAUACUAUGCCUAUUCAGAAGAAGUACAAUACGCGUGCUGCUGCGCUGUAUCGGGACAAAAUUUCCACCUUAGCCCAGGGGAAGCCAUGGGAGCAGGCCUCGGCUCUGGCCAGAGUCAAAGAAACGGGUGUUUCUUCUUCACAUUCCAGCAGUGGAGGUGCCGGCAUAACUCACUCGCGAACCAGUGGAUCGAUGCAUUCCAGUGGUUAUUCGGCCUCUUCAACCGGGUAUCAGAAUGGAGGAGGUUAUCAGGACAUGAGCUAUCAGCAGUUUAGUUCUCCGGAAUUCAAGAACCAGAAGGAGGAAUUCUUCAGCAGAAAGCAGGAAGAAAAUGCAUCGCGACCGGAGAAUUUGCCUCCCAAUCAGGGUGGGAAGUACUCUGGUUUUGGGUACAGUAUGGAUCCACCGCCUCGAAGUCAAUCUCAUGAACUGUUCGACACGGUGCAGUCGUCUUUGGCGAGUGGCUGGAAUGUUUUUUCGAAGGUGGCCAAUGUUGCAAAGGAGAAUGCAUUGAAGUAUGGAACUAUGGCCUCCCAAAAGGUAGCUGAUGUUUCUAGUUCCGUUUCGGAUAAGGUUAAAGAAGGAGUGCUUCUUGAAGGGAUAGUCAGCAAGGUCGGUGAAGUAAGCCGCAAAGGUUGGAACAACAUAAGCUACAGUGGCACUUACAGUAAUCCUGGUGGUAGCGAUCAGUACAGUGACAUCUCAUCGGACACUGCGCUGAACAAUAGUGCCAGUUAUCAGCGUUCGUCUUCCAAUGGAAAAUUAGGUGGUUACAGUGGCGGUAAUAAUGGAGGCGACUGGAACUCAUGGAACAACGAUAGCAAUUCCAAUGCAACGAAAUCAUAUCAAAAUUCAAGCAACUGCGACGAGGAGUGGUCCGGUUUCGAAUCUCAUGUUACCACCACCGCCAAAAGUGAUGGAGGCUAUCAGAACGCUUCGUUGACUUCGUUGGCAUCGAAUGACACCCGAAAUGCAUCGUCUAACCAACAAAAAUCCACCACCAGGAACAGUUCCAAGGUGAAACAGAAUGCCAGUUUAGAUACCGAAUUUGCCUCGCUUGACAUCAAGAGUAAAGCUGCACCUGUUACCAAUAAGAAAAAUGACAACGCAGAGGAUGAUCUAUGGAACAUGUUGAAUAACUAGAGGAUUGGUAUGGGAUCGCAUGUUCUGCUCGUUUUUAUUUUGAUUGUCACAUAUAGCCUUGACAUGAGUUAGUCCCCAAUGGCUUACUUGAGAACAUGUUGAUACCAUAUAACCGAGAAUGCCGAUGAUAUUCUGUCUUGUUUUAGGAAUUGAGCAAAGUUUAAUCAAUGUAUGUCCACAUUUAUGUUCCUGCACGAAAUACAGCAGAGAAUAUUUUUAUUAUUACACAGGAAAGUAUUUAAUACAGAGAAAAAAUGAUGAAUAGAUCACAACAGAAUCCUUAAAGAGAGAAAAUAUACUUGUAGGAUUAUAAAACUAGCCUAAAUAAGUAUACAACUAUCACAAUGAAGGAGGAAACUGCGUAAAUCAAUUAUCUAGAAAAGAUUAAGAUGCUAUCAUGUUAUCUACUGAAAUAUAACAUCUAUUACAUGUGCAACAAAA